AUGGCUCGGGGAAACGUAUUUUGCGCUGUGGAAAAGGUGUUAAAUAACGGUGCGGACGUUAAUAUUCGGGGCGGCCGGUACGGCAACGCUUUCCAAGCCGCUUUAUUAAAAGGCUAUAAAAAGAUUAUACAGAUUCUGGUCGAUAGGGGUACGGACGUCGAUAUUUAG